AAGUAGUGUAAGUAAAACCUUAAGCAUCAGCUUAAGCAUUUGUUUAUGAAAGUUAUUGCUUAUCGCUGUAUCGGUAUUCAGUGUCCUACGACGACGCCCGGUUUGGUACCUGGUCAGUGUGUUACUAAAAAAAUGCCAGCGCUGACCAUGCAGGGAGCUCGCAGUUCUGAUAGAAACGUUAGGCUAGCUCAACCUCAAACUCAGGCUGCACCCGGUCAGUCUGACGUUAGCGCUGAACAACAAGUAGUUGCUCCAAAUGUGUCUCGUCCUUUAAAUUCUAAUCCUAACACAGUUGGAGUAGAUGAUAAUCAGGCAGCACCUACCAGUGGUCCCAGACCUGCUGUAGCGGCAGUUGCCGCGAACAUACAACAGUCUGUUAAUAUGCAGCAAUUAUUUGAUUUGAAUGAUUUGGGACAACUUAACGUUCUUGAAAAUAGACUAGGUACCCUGCAGCUUUUAGAUGGACUUCAACUGGGUCAAGUAACAGCGACACCAGUGCAAGGAACAAAGGAAUGGCAUCAAUCUAUCACUCCGUAUAUCAGAAAUCACCUUGUUUAUAAAUUGGUUAACACAAUAUUUCCAUGUCCUGAUCCGGAAGCUAUGUUGGAUAUAAGAGUGCAUAAUCUAAUUGUGUAUGCGAGGAAGGUUGAAGUUGAUAUGUAUGAAAUGGCUAAUUCGAGAUCAGAAUAUUAUCAUUUACAUGCUGAAAAAAUAUACAAAAUUCGGACAGAAUUUGAGGAGAAACAACAAAACUGGAAAGAACAACAACAAUUAGAUUAUUGCAAAUAUUAAUUGUAUAUAAUGCUAAUGAUAAGUAUAGCUAAGAAAUUGCGAAAUUUUUAAAAAUGUAAUAUACAGGGUGCGCCACGGAAAGCAGACGUUUUUAAAAUUAAUAUUUUUCAGUUAAUUUCUAGCGUAAUUUUAAUUUAUUGUCACGAAAUGAUACAUUAUUACAUGCCAUUUUAGGCUAUUUAUGUAUGAAAAAUUAUGUCACUUAAAUGGUGACCAUUUUGGUGAAUGCAACUACUCUCUUCAACAGUUCUUCGUUUAUCAUUCCUAGUUGCUGGCGAAUGGCAUCCUUCAGUUCUCCUAAUGUCCUUGGCUUUCCUUCGUAAACGCGGAUAUAUCGAGCAAUUAAAACAAAAAAAUUAAAAAUAAAAAUAAAGAUAGUAAAUACUAGUAACGCGACCGUGAAUAAUUUUCGGCGAACAAUUGUAGAGAUUCUACUUUCGCGAUGGAAAAAGAAAAAUCAGAGCCGCGAUGCUCUAGAAAAUAUUUUAUAAUACGCAGCAAACACUGACUCUACUUUCGCGUCAUUCCAAAUCGUACAAACGCAACUCUAUUCAGGGCCAGUUCACCCUUGAAAAAAUCAAAACAUUGAAAGUAUGUUCGUACAAACACUGACUCUACCGACCGCAUUGCGCGCGGCUACAACAAUUCCUGAAAGAAAAACUUAGUGAGCAGGGAUGGGCUGGGUGGAAAUAUACAAAACAACAUUCUUCUUAUUGAGCGUUCGUAACGGAAAUACUGUUAUUAAUGGCUUGUAAAUGGAAAUAUCUAUGUUCGUGAAAUAUAUUCGACGAGCACAAAUAUUGUUAAAUCUGAAUAUUGAUCCUAGAUUGAAAUGAAAUGUUUUAAAUAAUUGUUGAUAAUUAUUUCAAUGAAUAUUACAUCGAUAGAAAAUCAUUUUGUAAUAAAGAUAAUAGACUAUUGUAUUAAAGCAGAGGAUUUUUGUUGUUAAGAUUGUAAGCAUAUUAAAAAUUGUUGGAAAUUCUAUUACGACGUAAUUUAUAAAUUAUCUAAUUCUUUACAAUAAGCAAAGUCCAAUAAUUAACCAUGCUUAAACAGCAUGAGGUUUAAUACCGUGAUUCUAUUUUAAUUUAAACUUGCACCAAAAGCUGUAUAUUAUAAUACAAUUACUACAAUUUGACGAUAACAGAUUGUUUAAAAUAAUCAAAAUAUAAUUAAAUAAUUGCACAAGAAAAGCAAUUAUCUGCAGUAGAAUACAAACCGUUUCAAUUUUUGUUCUAAUUUUUAACAGAUGCAUGGAACUACUAGUUAAAAUUAUUCAAUAAAAUGAAAAAUUAAUUAUCCUUUUUCUAUUAAUUGAUCAAAGAAAGAAACAUUCCUCUGAUCUUUCCUUCGUUGACCUUGGUACCAAUAAUUAAUUAUCAAAAAUGCUUACAAUUAACAAUGACUCAACAAAAAGAAAGUAAUAAUAAAUAUUACCAAUUGAUUACAAUAAAUCAAAAUGUUACCAAUUCUUUACGAAAUUGUGUUUCAAACCAGUAUCAAUUACCACGACAUCGUCUCGCAUGGCAUUUUUUCAAUAUCGAGGAAAUAUCUGUAACAAAUAAGAAAUACAAAUUUAUGUAAAUGAAAUUUAACCAACAUCAAUAAAGUUAUGAUUAACAAAUGA